AUGAGACCCCUUUACGCACAUCUUUACCGAACAGUUCUUUUGGGAGGUGGUGCUUACAUAAUUUCUCGCGAAGUAUUAAAAGCGUUCCACAAAAGGAAAGUGACUCAUCUCAAGGCUAUCGAUAUUUAUAAAUCUCAAUUUCCAGAUAGAGUUCCUGUAAAAUCUUAUCAAACAUUCGGUGAAAUAAUCAAACCAUGGAAACCACUACGCUGA